CGCUGGGGGACAGAGGGCAGGGACUAUGGGGCUAGCAGAUCUCCUUGUCCCGCUCCUUUUCCUCGGGGUGGCCGGUGACCCACUGACGAUAUACACCCUGCCCUCCUCCUCGGCUGUGCUGGGCUCUGCAGCACUACUGAAAUGCCGGUUCAAUAUCGGGGGGCCAAUCAAUCUAACUGCCCUGCAGGUUCACUGGUAUUUCUCAGAUCAGAGUAUGGCGCAGUACGACAGGGGGAAGGAAAUAUUUGCACCCCGGGUGAGCAUCUCCGAGCAGGAGUUACUGAUCGGGAACGCCUCUCUGGGGAUGGAGGACAUACAAAUGUCGGAUGAGGGGCAAUAUAAAUGUGUGGUCAGGUACAGUGCAGAGCAGCAGCAGAGCGAGACGACCCUCAGUGUGUUCGCUGCUCCCAGACUCUCCAUCCCCCGGCGAUCGGCCGGGACAGACACAGCGAGCUCCUUCCCCUGCCACGUGUGGGGAUUCUACCCUGGGGAUGUCACCGUCACGUGGCUGAGAGACGGGCGGGUUCUGACCAACGUCACCCGCUCUGCCCCCCAGAGGAACCCAGAUGGGACCUUUAACCUCACCCUGACCUACACCUUCACCCCCACCACGAGCGACUCCGGCAGCAUCUUCUCCUGCCGCGUCAGCCACGCGGCUCUGGCUCAUUCCCUGCAGGAGGAGUUCCCCCUGGAUGUCACAGUCCCAAGAGCAGGAGUGGAUCACACCAGCGCCGCGAUCGGGGCGACCCUGGGGAUCCUGGUCGCAGGGGGAGCUGCGGCUGCAAUAGCCAGUUACUGCCGGAGACAGCGGCGGGCGCGGAAAGGUCCUUACCAAGCAGUGGAGACGCCAACCGAGGACCCAGCUGGGAGCAGAGAGAAGAUGCGCGGCGAGGACACGGUGCUGAUGGGGAAUGACGGGGUCAGCGAUGCCGGGGAGGGGCCCGAGCAGCAGCCGCUGUUCCCUGCUCAGGGCCAGGGCCAGAGUGGGACACAGGAGCAGGACGGGGCGCAGGUCACAGCAAGUUCCAAUUCUUCUGCAUCAAGAGCAUCUGACGUGGGCCCAAGGGCGUCAUCCUGGAACACACAGGGGGGCCCAGAGGCAGAGGGGCCAUCCCCGAACAUGGAGCCAUUGGGGGAGAUGGGAGCCCAGGAUGAGGAGCGAGCGGGGGCAGCCUCCCCACAGACACAGCCGGCGGUGCAGGUGGCAUUCCCAGCCCAGCACAGUACGGCUGGGGAGGAGGGAGAGACGGAUCUGAGCCAGCACAGUGGGGAGGUGAUGGUGCCCACCAGCCAGCCCAAAGCAGGGGAACAGGGGGCACCCGGCAGCCAGGCCGAAGCAGCUGCAAACAUGGUGCUGGAUCCUGCCCUGGAGGAAGAUGCCCAGGGAGAGUCUGGAGGUCUCCUGCGGCCCCCGGAGGUGUCGGAAAUCUCCCAACCCGAGUCAGUGACGGCGGGGGAGGAAAUCACCCUGAGCUGCCGCAUGGCGGGGCAUUUCCCUGGGGUGCUGUGUGUGACCUGGCUCAGAAGGGACAGGGGGGCUGGGGCGGCUGUUCGUAUACUGAACUCUGCCCAGUACAGAAUCGAGCCCGGAGCUCCCCUCACACAGGACGGGAAAAGCUUCCAGCAGGAGAAUAGACUCAGCUUCACCCCCUCGGUGCAGAGAGACCAGGGAGCAGAGUACAUCUGCCGGGUGCACCACGUUACUCUAAGGAAUCAGCACAUAGAGAAACACACCAGAGUCCUGGAGGUUACAGAUUCUACAAAAAACAAAUUAUCCAAGGGCAUAACCAGUGACGUGUCAGUUAAGGACCGGGCGGAAGACAACGCAGCCGACAUGGGCACAACCAGCGACAUGUCGGCAAAGGAGCCAGCGGGAGACAACACACCCAACAAGAGCACAACCAGUGACGUGUCAGCAAAGGAGCGGGUGGGAGACAACACACCCAACAAGGGCACAACUAGCAAUGUGUCAGCAAAGGAGCGGGUGGGAGACAACACACCCAACAAGGGCACAACCAGCGAUGUGUCAGCAAAGGAGCGGGUAGGAGGCAACACAGCUGACGUGGGCACAACCAGCGACGUAUCAGCAAAGGAGCCAGCGGGAGACAACACAGCCGACGUGAGCACAACCAGUGAUGUGUCAACAAAGGAGUGGGUGGGAGACAACACACCCAACAAGGGCACAACCAGCGACGUGUCGGCAAAGGACCCGGUGGGAGACAACACAGCCGACGUGGGCACAACCAGCGAAGUGUUGGCAAAGGACUGGGUGGGAAUCAACACACCCAACAAGGGCACAACUAGCGAAGUGUCAGCAAAGGAGCGGGUGGGAGAUAACACAGCCGAUAAGGGAACAACCGGCGAACUGGCCGAGGAUGGCCCAGGCAGCGCCACGCCAGCAAGCAAUGAGAAGGGAGAUGGUCACCAGCACCACCCCAGUGUAUAAAGUGCUGCCAGAUGCUGUGGUCUGUGCCCCACCAGCUGGGGCCCAGAGCCCGAAGCUGAGGCCAGUGCCACACGCGAGGGAGAUGAUGCAGACAGUGCUGAGCGGGAGGAAGAACCAGGAGCAGACGGGACAGCAGACGCCUCUGCAGGCAACUCAGAGGGGACAGCAGAGAUUGUGCUGCACCAGCUGCCCAGGCCCUGUGGCCACAGAUGCCCUGCUGCCAUCGCUCACUGGCUCUGAUCUCCCACUGUCUGACACGGGUCCCUGCCCUGGGCUGGAGCUGGCCACAGUAACUGAGGCUCCCUGAACUUGCUGGUCUGGGGGCUACUA